UUUCCAUAAUUUUUUUUACAUCUACUUCGGAGCUACUAAAAGUCUGAAAUAACGUUUACCAAGCUUUGGAUAAACGAUAGUUUUGAAUCCUGUAAAAUGGAAUGUAGUGUAUGUAAAAAACCUACAAAUCAACGUUGUUCGAGAUGUCAAGCCAAGUAUUACUGUGGUACAUCAUGUCAAAAGAAAGACUACUCCAAUCAUGUGCUCGUUUGUCCUUCAAGGUCUGCAGACAUUCUUAUUAAAAAUGUUUUGGACGAUUUAAUUCCCACGAAAAAGGCGGUGCGAUAUGAAUACGGUUUUUGCAACUGCGUGCGUUCUGGGGAUGAAUCAAAACUUAUGGGCUUGUAUAUUGGCCUUAUAAAGAUUAUAGGUUGCAGUGCCUCUCAGCUCCAUUCAUGGUGGAAAAGUGACACUUUAGCACAAAACAUCAAAAAGGCUUAUGAUGAUGCGGGUUACACUAGUGAUUAUUACAAGUGGUUCUUAAAAAAUGAAAAUGUGUUGCAGGGCCUACGUAAAUACGAGGGCGAAAAAUCUGAUAAAUCUUUAACAGAAAAGUAUCUCGAAUUGCUUAUACCCUAUCUUUCCUUAGAUGAUGUAAAAGUUCCCCUUAAGUCUAUUCCAGAAUCAAAGCGUAAUGUUUACGCGUUCUAUAUAACUAUUCUCAGUGGUCGUAUUCCAAUUAUUGAAGAUAUCGAUUGGAUUGAUCUUGGGUUUUGCUCUUGUAAAUCUAGUAAUGAUUCCUUAAGAAAGUCAAAAGAAAGACGGUUGGCUGAUUUGUAUCAGGAACUUAUUAUUCAGAAGGGCUGUAAGAUCGAUGAAUUCCAUGAUGCUUACUUAUCUGGAUCAAUAGUUGAUUUGUUAAAGAGAAAAUGUAGUAGUGACAAUUGCAAUUGGCUAUCAGAAAACAAGAUUGAGAUUCGUGGAUACAAUCAAUCAACAAAGAGUGUCUAUUACCUCAAACAAUAUGCGUUAAGUGAAUCUGCAGAACUUCAACCUUCUGUAGAUGUAGAUUAUGGCUUUAUGAAUUGUAGUACGGAGGAUGAGAAAAGUCAACUUAAGCAUAUUUAUAGGAAAUUAAUUAAAACUCCUCGAUUUGAUCCACGGGAUUUACAUGAAGCCUGCUUAGCAGGAAAAAUAUUUGAUUAUGUCAAAUCCAUUCUUCCUGAUGAAGUAUUGAAAGCCGAGCUCUUUAAAAAUCCGUAUCCUUUGGAAGAUAUUUGAUCAAAAAACUGAUUAUACUUUAUCCUUUUAUUAUUUGUAUUUGCGCCGCACCGAAUAUAUAUAUAUAUAACAUUUAAGAUAUUAAAUUCUAUUAUGUACAUUUUUUUUUUACAUUCUUAAAUAAAUAACAUUAUAUCACUUUGCGCACUUGCG